AUCAACAAGAUAUUUGUACUUUUAAGAAGUUCUAAAUUUGCAUCCUACACUUCAAUUGCAUUUUUUUAGUAUUGUUGAAUGCUGGGUAUGUUAAGGAUAGUGAAGUCAUUUUAAGUGUAGUUAUUGUCACAUGUUGUGUAUUUGCACACUGUUAUGAUCUAUUGAAUUAUUUUAUUCCUUUUUUACUCCAGUGCAUGGACAGUAUAAAUGGGGUAUCCAGGGUGAUUAGGUUCCUCAUCAGGGCUAAGCAGUUUAAAACUUCAGAAGUCUCCCAGUAAGGUCCUUUGAGCUUCCAUUUCCUAUACUCUUCCCUGCUAGAUAACAAUGGAAGUGAUUACAAGGAUGGUUGCAGACAGUCCGGUGGUGAUCUUUAGCCGGACCACGUGUUGCAUGAGCCACACCAUCAAGACUCUGAUAAGUGGCUUUGGGGCUAACCCUACGGUAUACGAGCUCGAUGAAGUUCAGAAUGGGGGACAGAUUGAAAGAGCACUGCAGCAGAUGGGGUGCAAGCUCGGUGUACCGGUUGUGUUCAUAGGGCAGCAGCUCAUUGGGGGUCCUAACCAAGUCAUGUCCCUGCAAGUGAGGAACCAACUUGUCCCAUUGCUCAUCAGGGCAGGCGCUAUAUGGCUGUGAAACCUCAAAAGUUAUUUUCUCUACUCAAAUUGGUACUAGUCAAAGUAAUUUGUACUUCCGAGCAAAACUUAAAAAAUGUAAGUGUUCAAGGCAAGGAGCAGCCACUGAGAGUGGAAUUGCAAGUGCUGCAUAUAAAAGUAUAAAUAAAAGAAUGGUUUGUCUUUGUUUAGCCUUCGCCGAUCUGUGUCAGCCAGGAAAAUUGGAGAAUAGCCUCGACAUUGGUACUAAAAGUCAGCCGACAUUUGUUUUCUCCCACUUCUUUUCU